CAACUGGACCCGACUUAGGUUGAGGAUAUUAGAAAAAGGAAACUCUCUCAAACGGGUUCUUUCUUUACGUUUCUUUAAUGAAUUCGGCGUUAGUCUCCCCCAAAAAACUCGUAGUUCAUUCUUCCCCAAAUGUUUCGCUUGCCGGUCUCGCUUUGCAUGUGGGUAUAGCCGGUGGUUUCAGCCUGCGUCCUGGUGGUUUACGGGAAAAGGUUGCACGGGGAAUAUUUGGUCUUUAAUUUAAAUUCCUCACUGUUUUUUGGCAGCGCGUCUACUAUUUUUUUUACCACUACGAUGGCAGAUAAUAACGCAGAAUGCAAUAUCAAGGUUUUGUGUCGGUUUCGUCCUCUGAACAAGUCGGAAAUUACCCGCAGAGAUAAGUUCAUCCCAAUAUUUCAAGGUGAAGAUACUGUCGUCCUCGGGGGGAAGUCCUUUGUGUUUGACCAGGUGUUCCCCACUAACACCACACAGAUUCAAGUCUACAACGCCUGCGCCAAGCAGAUUGUCAAAGAUGUACUGGGUGGAUAUAAUGGGACUAUCUUUGCCUAUGGGCAGACUUCUUCUGGAAAAACGCACACCAUGGAGGGGAACCUUCAUGAUCCCCAGGGAAUGGGAAUCAUUCCCCGGAUCGCAGAGGACAUUUUUGAACAUAUAUUUGCAAUGGAUGAGAACCUAGAAUUCCACAUAAAGGUCUCCUACUUUGAGAUCUACAUGGAUAAAAUCCGGGACCUGCUGGAUGUGACAAAAACCAACCUGGCGGUGCAUGAAGACAAAUACAGAGUUCCUUAUGUGAAGGGCUGCACAGAGCGCUUCGUCACAAGUCCUGAGGAAGUGAUGGAUGUGAUAGAUGAAGGAAAGGCCAACCGACAUGUAGCUGUCACCAACAUGAAUGAACACAGUUCCCGCAGUCACAGCAUCUUCCUGAUAAACAUCAAACAAGAAAACGUUGAGACGGAGCAGAAGCUGUGUGGGAAGUUGUACCUGGUCGACCUCGCUGGGAGUGAAAAGGUCAGUAAGACAGGUGCAGAGGGAGCAGUGCUGGAUGAGGCCAAGAACAUCAACAAGUCUCUGUCGGCUCUGGGAAAUGUCAUCUCAGCCUUGGCCGAGGGAACGAAGUCUCACGUGCCGUACCGUGACAGCAAGAUGACGCGCAUCCUACAGGACUCACUAGGCGGGAACUGUCGUACCACCAUGUUCAUUUGUUGCUCCCCCUCCAGCUACAAUGACGCAGAGACCAAAUCCACCUUGAAGUUUGGCCAACGAGCCAAGACCAUUCGAAAUACCGUAUCGGUGAACCUAGAGCUCACAGCAGAGCAGUGGAAGAAGAAGUACGAAAAAGAGAAGCAGAAGAACAGGUCAUUGAAGGAGACAGUUCAAAGACUGGAUACUGAGCUGAAUCGCUGGAGGAACGGUGAGGAUGUUGCUGCGUUAGAGCAUCUGAGCCCAGAAUCGAAGGACGUCCCACUGAUGCCUCCCAAAUCUGAGGAGCUGGUCCUCAACAUCUGCAGUCCCUACAGCCCUGGCUCAGUUGCCCCGUCGAUUGUGGUUCACAUCUCUCAGGAGGAGCGGCAGAAAUAUGAGGAGGAGAUCCGCAAACUUUACAAACAGCUGGACAAUAAGGACGAUGAGAUCAACCACCAGAGCCAGAUGGUGGAAAAACUGAAGGAGCAGAUGCUUGACCAGGAGGAGCUGCUGGCAUCAUCCAGGGGCGACAGCGAGAGGGUGCAGUCAGAGCUCGGCACGCUGCAGAGAGAGAAUGGAUCUGCCAAGGCCGAGGUGAAGGAGGUCCUUCAGGCCCUGGAGGAGCUGGCAGUCAACUACGACGAGAAGAAUCUGGAGGUCGAGGAGAAGAGCGUGAAGAACAAACUGCUGGCUGAAGAGCUCGCCAAGAAAAUGGCUCAGUUCAAGGCUUUAGAGGCGGAGCUGUCUCGUAUCAAGGAAGUGAGCAGCCGCCAAAGGAAACGCAUAUCUGAGAUCCUUAGCAGUCUGAUGAGGGACCUGAGUGAGUUCAGCACCAUCGUUGGAAACAGGGACAUCAAGUUGUCCAUGGAGAUCACCGGUGCGAUCGAGGAGGAGUUCACAGUGGCCCGCCUCUACAUCAAUAAGAUAAAGUCAGAGGUUAGGUCCAUGGUGAAGCGCUGCCGCCACCUGGAGAACCUUCAGAUGGAGUGUCACAGCAAGAUGGAGGAUAUGGGUAGAGAGCUGUCCUCGUGCCACCUCCUUGUUUCCCAGCACGAGGCAAAGAUCUGCUCUCUCACGGACUACAUGCAGAAUGUGGAGCUGAAGAAGAGGAAGCUGGAGGACAGCUACGACUCCCUGAACGAGGAGCUGGCCAAACUCCGAGUUCAAGAGAAAAUGGCAUCGGUGACCAGCGGAGCGUAUCAAUCGUCUGCCCAGGAUAGCUGUGAUAUAAAGAGGGCUCUGGAGCAGCAGAUGGAGUCACACCGUGAGUCGCACAGCAAACAGCUCGGGCUCCUGCGAGACGAGAUCAAUGAGAAGCAGGAGAUCAUCGACGACUUAACUGAUUGUAACCAGAAGCAGCAGCUGGAGUUGGAGCAACUGCACUGUGACUUUGAAUAUCUCAGGAGCCAAGAGCAUCACAAGAGCCGUCAGCUGGAGGAACUGACAUUACUCAAUGAGCGACAUGCGCAGUCAAAGACGGAUCUCAAAGGACUGGAAAAGACGGUUGCUCGUGAACUCUACACCCUGCACAACCUUCGCAAGCUUUUCGUUCAAGACCUCACGACUCGAGUUAGAAAAAGUGCACAGAUGCAGCUUGAUGACAGUGGGGGUUAUAUCACCCAGAAACAGAAGAUUUCCUUUCUUGAAAACAAUCUCGACCAGCUUACAAAAGUUCACAAACAGCUGAUACGUGACAAUGCAGAUCUUCGCUGUGAGCUUCCAAAACUGGAGAAACGGCUUCGGUCUACAGCAGAGCGAGUUAAGGCACUGGAGGUUGCGUUGAAGGAGGCGAAGGAAGGAGCCAUGAAGGACCGCCACCACUACCAGCAGGAGGUGGAGCGUAUCAAAGAUGUGAUGAGGACUCGCAAUCCCUUCCGAAGACACCACGCCGCACACAUAGCCAAGCCCGUGCGUGCUGGCCACUACCCACCGUGCUCUCCCAACCACCCCUUCUUCGUCCGAGGCCACAGCGAUCACCACGUUGCCUUCUGCAAAGCUGAUUUCCACAACAUCAACGACCAACAAGCAGCUGCUCCUGCUGCAUCUGCAGCACCAGAGAGUGAGUCCAGGUUUCCCGAGGCCAGCUCCAACCGGAACAGCCCCACCAAACAGCUCGACCCCCAAGACAACGAUUCACAAGACAACGAUGCUCAGGACAACAUGGUUCGAGCUGAACCACCGAGCCGAGCAGACAAGAGCACCGCGGAGAUGCUCGACUCAGAGAACGGAAACACCACAGAUAUCAAUGACAACAGAACUGACGUCUGUGACAAUCAGGACCCGGCCAAACUGUACAGCCUGCAGCCGGAGGCCUCAGCCAGCUAAUAGUCCUGGGCAGGCAGAAGUUUUUUCCUGAGGCCUCCUCUGUAAAUCUGCAUGCAGUUGAUCACUGUCCUCCCCGUCUCUCCUUCCUCUCUUAUCCUCACCUGCUGUAAACAGACCCCCGCUCUCUCCAGUGUCCCCUUCCCUUCCCUGCUUGCUUCCCUUCAAUCUCGUCUCCUUCCUUUACACGGAUGUGGGCUGUGUGUUGGUAUCAGUAUGAUCCAUGGCAUGCACCGCAUCUCAAAUGUCUCACUUGGCAGCUCACACCUGUAUUGCUGCACUCUCUCCCAUGAAGGUGUGGAAGAGAAGGUACAGUACUGAAGGUAACCGCUAGGGGGUGCUGUUUGUCUCAGUAAACAAAAAGGCAACAGUACAAUUAACAAUAAGUCUAAAUCACUCUUACUAUCAUUAGACAUGCUUAUGGAUCUGAAAACGCAACAAUGAACCUCAAGAUUACUUAGCUAAUAUUUAUACUUUAUGACUGUGCAUGUUAUUGUUUAAUGUUGGUCUUCAACACAUCAAAUAGUAAGGGAGCAACUGAGUCCAGAUUACCAUGAAAUAUUUUAGUCUAAAAGUAAAUGUAAAUGGGGAAUUCAAUCUUUAAAAAAUAGUUGUGUUUAAUGGAUAAGGCUGUUACUGUUAUCUGUUUGUUGUUAACAAAUCUCAUGAGAUACGCAAACUAACAAGGUAUUACUGUGUGUCAGUAUUUUCGGACUUCCCCAGCCUGCUUGCGGUUCUCAGUCUCAAGAAAACUGAAGAUGUAAAGGUUUAAAAACAGGCUUUGGAUACAUUGUUUAUUUUUUUUACCAAAAGGCUCUGUAAUUUCCUUAAAAAUAUAAGGCUAUUCUUUUUCAAACAGGAGUAAAUAGUGAAUUUAUCGCGGACCAUUUUCAGCUGUGGAUUAAUACACAUUUGGUGUUCUAGUGAGUUGUUACAGCAACAGGAUGGAGUGGGUCUGAACAUAUACUGCAGUGCCAUCAGGCUUACUCCAAUACUGUAUGAUGAUUUUUUCAUUUUUUAGAAGCAGUUUCAUAUCGUCACAAUAUAGUCCAUAAUGUGUUUUCACAUUUAGACUGCAGUUGCCACGCAGGUAGACCAACCAACAGAAGACAAACUAAACUAAAAUACAGAUAUGCACACCGGCCAUUGUUGAAACUUGGCCGAGCCUUAACUUAGACACCAGACAAUUCCUCACAUUUGACCUUUUCUUAAAAUAAAUAAAUACCCUGAUUUCCAUGUAUAGCCCAACAAGUUAUAGAUAACACUUUUGGUAAAGACCGCGUCAAUUACAGAGCUUCAGAUGACUUCUAUCAUGGCAUCUUCUAACCAAGCACAUACACAUUGUGCUAGGUGAGGAUGUUGAUCAAAACAUUCUUCACUCAAAUAUUUAGUCGCCUCUGUUCUCUGACCGUUGGUCCACUGCACUGGUUACAACUAGUCUGGAAGGCAACCUCGUCUGAACCACCAGGACAGUCAAAAAGUAAAAACACAUGAUUUAUGAUUGUUUUUAAAGGACUGAUUCUGUCCUAGUAGAGAGACUUUAAACUGUAAAUCAUCCAUACAAAAAACAGCCUGUCAGGGUUCAUCCGUGAGAUAUUCAGUCAUUGUCAUGACAACUAAAAGCAUGGCAAAGUGGAAAAAAAGAAUUGUGUAGCAAAUAUUUUUAUACUGCUAGUUCUAGUUUAAAAGAAUAUAUAUAUUUAAUAUAUAUAUACAUAUAUAUAUAUAUGUAUAUACAUAUACAAUAUAUAUACAUAUAUAUGUAUAUUUAUACAGUAUUUACCAAUCGCUCUAUUUAAAAAGAAAAAUUUAAAUUUGCUUUUAAUCAAUAUAGCUAUUAAGAGUCUAUAGCAGUUGCUGAAUGUGAAGCAUUUGUUUUGAUGUGUGCUUUGAAUGUUUGAAAAUCAGAUUUCCAGUGUUUUAUCCUUGAGUGCAAAUGUAUGUAGCUGUGCAGCUGCCAUUCCAAUAUUUUUGAUAAAUCCUACGGUUCUCCAUGAAGCACCUCCGAUUGAAACCAAAGCCCUGAUUGUCGUGAUUGAUUUAAAGAGGUCUAUGUGUGCUCUGACAGAGAGGUUACUGUCGGUUAUCAGCUGGUGUAGUCAUGUCUCAUUCCUCUGACUCACACACAGAUCGCUUCAUCAGACAAAGGGGGGUUGACCUUUGACCCCAAAUUACAGCAGCAUCACAUACACCGUGUUCCUUGGGUGCGUUCGAUGUUAUCUGAGCAGAUAAGUUCAUUGACUGUAUGAACACACACGCCGAUGGUCACGCCGCCCUUCAAACUCUCUCGUUGAGCUCCUGAUCAGCCAGUCAGGAUGAGAGAGUCAAGGAUGGUGUGUGUGUGUGUGUGUGUGUGUGUGUGUGUGUGUGUGUGUGUGUAUUUUGGGAGACAUGGAGCUGUAUCUUCCUCGCAGAGUCUCUCACUCUUUUGACUUAAUGCGAUUCUUUUAAUAAAGCAAAUCAGUAAAACUUUAGUUUACAGCUUGCAAAGUACAGUGUAGAUAUUUUUGUGAUACGAAUGGUGGACUUACCGGGGAAGCACAAGGGAAGAAGUACAAAAGAGAGUUACACAUCUGUAUUUCAGGGAGGAGAGCUAGUCAUUAAUUGUACUUAAAGUACGUAUUUAAUUAACUAAAGGGGACCGACAGACUUGAGGCCUUUAGACACCGGGAGCGUGCACACACUUGAAAAGAGGGAUGGAUUCAAAAACUAUAUUACUGUUCUUCAGUAUCUUAUCAUGGUAUAACAUUUUUUAUUUUUUAUUUAGAGCCACAGCUGUAAAUGCUGUAAAGCCCAAUGUUUUCUUUUUCAGGGACAUUAAAUGUACACCAUAUUAAUCAUUUAUAAGUUCUCUGCAUUUGAAUUGUUCAUUUGAAUAAUUCCCUCCCCAGAUGUGUCCCGUGAAGUUACCAUUUUAUUGAUACCGUUUACGUACUAAAUCAUUACGUUACAUUGUGGCCUGUAAUGUUAGGCGUUACUGACAGUCCCCUCUUCUAUUCAUAUUGAGGCUAAUCAGAUAUGCAUGAAGCACUUUGUCACAUUAUUUUCUUCAUGCUUUCUCUCUGUGUUCUCCUUCACACGACUUUACAUUGAGUAUCUUGAGCAGCUGUUAAGUUUGUCUUCAACGGGUCACAAAGGACAUUGAGAAAUAGUACACUAUCAUAAAAGUUACGUGUGUUUGCAUAACCUAAAGAAACCUUUCAUUCAAUGUGACCAGCCUUUUCUUUUUAUCAAUUUGCUGUUAAUGAAUGAAAACCACAGAGAAAAACAACUAUUCCUGUCGUGCCCUGUUGUUGUGUACUGAGCUCUACAUGUCUGGGUGAGUGGAGAGUUUACUUUCAGUCAUUGUAAGCUAACUGAAAAUGUUCUGGCAAGGUAGUAAAACUGUAGCUGAAAUAUGCAGAAAUAUAACUAUGACAAGAGUGGUAGGGUGGUAAAAAAAAAACAGAUGCAAAAAUGUCUGUUUGUUUGUACCCGUGUGCGUUGUUUGGUUUGUUUAUAGCGUGGGAUUUAGUGCAUGCAGUACUUCUGUAGCUGCUGAGAAACAGUACUGUUAUCUCCUUUCAAUAAAGAUGAUCCUAUGUCGUACCAUUAUUAAA